AUGUUCGGGAUUGUUAUGUUAGCAGUCGCGUUUCAGUUUCAGCUGCGGAACAACAUCCCAUCGCAAUGGGAUAACUUAGACUCUGAGGCCGCGAGUAGUCUUCUCACAGGAAUCAAGGAACACUCGCCAUUCAUAUCUUCAGUUAUCGCAGUCAAUGCCCCACAACUGUAUCUCUCUUUCUGGUAUCUUGCUUAUAACUCACUCCUCACGCGCCUAGAGAUGAGCCGCGAAUGGGCUCUGUUUUAUGACCAUUAUCGCCCACUGCGUGUGACUCGACCCAGAGGCAAACAAAUUGCGACCAGCCGCCUCCAAUUACCGUACAAGUACAGCAUCAGCCUAAUGGCUCUAAGUGGUUUGAUGCACUGGCUUAUGUCAAGUGUUCUAUUUGUUAUGGUAUCUAGAGGCGACUACUUUCCACCAGAAUAUGACUUCGCACGUGAUGUAAUAAGCUUGCCUGAAGACGCCACAGUCGUAGUCGGCACUCUUUCCCUUCCAGUGUUGAUUCUUAUCAUACUCGGGUCCUUAAUGACUCUCUCACCAAUCGCUCUUUCACGGCGAAACCUACCAGGCUGCAUGCCAAUUGUGGGAUCGAACUCGCUAGCCAUCAUGGCAGCCUGCCGGGUUUCACCUUCAGCCAAGAUUCCCACAUCCGACAAUAGCGAGAAUACAUCCAUCGACCAAGAAGACACAGAGCUUGAGGACCUAGUGCCGGAAUCGAGCAGAAGCAUAUCCAACGAACACGAGAUUUCUAACGCAGAUACAAACAAGAACAUUGCGCUCCACUUGUUAAAAUGGGGAGAGAUUAAAAUGCCGGAUGAGUGGUAUCGUCUCAAUGAAUGGAGAUGCCGAAUGGAAGAGGACUUCCAACCCCUGGGUUUUGGAACCACGCUAGAUGAACCGCAAACCCCAAUCGAAGGGUGUUGGUACAUGUGA